GGAGGAAUAAAACAAGCAAGGGAACCGUUUCAAAGACAUAUCCCGCUUACUACUACUACUAUUACUAGGAAAUUUGCAAGUUCAACCCUCUAUUUUCUAGAGUUCUCCACAUUGAUAUUUGCUAUUUUAAUACGCAUUUUACAUUUACAGUCAUUCGGAGCAAAAUGCGGUUGGAAGCACAAGCUAUUGUCUUAGCUGCAGGUCCAGGAAUGAGGAUGACCACCUUAACAAAUCACAAUCCCAAGUGUCUGCUGCCUCUGGGAACACUUCCGAUGGUUUGCUAUCCUUUGCAUCUUUUACAGGAAGCUGGUUUUUUAGAGGCUACAGUGGUCGUGAGUAGUGGUGCAGAACAGAGGAUGAGGAAACUGGUAGAACAGUAUGACCUGAAGUUGAACCUGGACAUAACAACUGUGAACACAUCGGAUGAUCCUGGUACUGCUGAUUCACUGAGACACAUUUCAGCAAAAAUUAAACAUAAUGUCGACGAUGUUGUUAUCAUCACAAGUGACUUGGUUAGUGAUGUAAAGCUUCAGUCCAUCUUAAAUCAGCACAGAGCUCGUGGAGCUGCAUUGACAAUGUUAACUGCUAGUCAGCAGGUAGAUUUCUUGAAAGCUACACCACCUGGGCCAAAAUCAAAGCCUGCCUUAAGCAGUGAUGUCAUAUGUACUGAAUCAGAAACUGGUCGGUUGAUGUUUGCUGUGGCAGGUGGAGACUAUGAUGAGGUUCUCAGUUUGUCUGGCCGUGUCUUAAGCAAUGCAAAAUCACUUGAUGUGUCAACAUCUUUGACAGAUUCCCACCUUUAUAUUAUGAAAAGAUGGGUUAUUGAAUACAUUUUGAGUAAAGAGUCGCCUUGCGGAGAAAUGGGUUCUUUGAAAGAUGAGAUCAUUCCCCAUCUUAUAUCCAGCCAAUUUAUUAGUCCUCCAACCAAGGAGAGAAAUACCCGAAAGUUAGACAUUCAUGAUGUUAUUGAGAAUGAAGAGUAUGAUGACUUAGUAACAAAGUAUAACAGCAGUGUUGUAUUAUCCCGUCAUCACAGUUCCAAACCUGUUGAUUCCAGAGUUUGCUACAUAUAUCAUCAUCCUGGCUUGUGUGUCAGAGCAAACAAUCUGAAUUGUUACUGGGAAUUGAAUCGCAAGAUGCAUUCACUGUUCAGUGAAGUCUGUCCUAACUCUACAUGGAGUACAAGGCAUCCUUCUGCAGAUGUACAUGAAAAAGCCCAGGUUAGUCCUGAUACUCUUAUUGGAGCAGGAUCUGUCAUAUGCGAAAAGACUAACGUCAGCAGCACUGUGGUGGGAAAUCAUUGCCGAAUAAACUCUUUCGUACGCUUGACUAAUUGCGUUCUAAGUGACUAUGUCACCAUUGCCCAGGGGUGUGUACUAGAAAACAGCCUUAUAACAACAAACAUAGAGAGGAAGUGUACCAUCAAAAACUCCAUUGUUACAGACCCAGAGCGUGUUGAAGAAAAUAUGUCAUACACCAAUGAAAUCUUGGAGGCAUCACAAGAUUUUGCCUAACUUCCAGUGGUGAAUGGCUUUCACUGAAGAGGAACUUCAUUUCCUUAGUUUUGAGACAGCUAAUAAAAAUUAAAAUCCGU